ACCUUUGCUGACUUUGCUUUCCCUUCUGUCCUUCGUUCCGCAGGCCGGCUUGUUGCUAAUCACUUACAUACAUUCGCUCGCCACCCUCUCCUACCGACUACGCUGGUCGCGGUCCUACAGGCUUUCGACUCAAACACUACUUUCAAUCACGACGACCUUACAUCGCUGGACGAGUUUGCGGAUUAUGUCUGGUGGAGAAAUCGAGAGGCUGGAAGAUUGAGAGGGGUUUCCCCAUUUGACGCCAUCGCAUACCGAACGCAAUGCCCGCUCCAUGGCGCCGUGGAGUUUACGACAAGGUGGAUUAUGUCGUAGUGGAAAGAGACGGUGUGGAGAAUGAGAUUGAGUUGGUCGCAGACGAGCCUACGCCCACACUGAACCGACUAUCACGAGCAAGACGUCAGGAGCCAAGCCCUACAGAUGGAGACUACGACAGCGACUCUGACGACGACGAUUACCCCGAGAACCCGACCAUGACGUCUAUGACAACACCUUCGCUUACGAGACCGUCCGGAACUGCAGCAAUGUUGAUUACAAUGACUCUCAGUGGUCUGGAGCCAGAGGCUACGGCACCUGCUUUGGCCGAGAGUGACCCUACCGAGACCAUCGUUAUCGCCAUGCCACCACCCAAACCCCAUCAUGACCGGCCCAUCUCUCAGACGACUGAGCACCUGCUCAUUGCUGCUGGUUCAAUUGGUGCGACUAUCAUCAUUGUCAUGGUCGUUCUCGCCAUGUACACAAUGAAGAAACGAGGCCUUACAUUCAAGGACGUAAUUCAGCAAGGCAAGCAGCAGCUCCGUCGCAGUUCCCCACCUCCACCAUCAAGAUACGGCCAGGAUAAGAAGCAGUUUGAUGAUGAUGAAUACGCGUAUGGCAUGAAAGAUUCGUUCCGCGCGCCUCAACCGACGGUCGCACCUGUACGAUCUAGUUCGCUCUCUUCGCAGAAACGAUUGCGAGACCUCGAGCGAAGUGACAGCUUCAACCAGCCCCCAACUCGGGAUGGAAACAUGAGCUUCUACGAUGACACACCGUCGCGUGCAAACUCGCAUCGUCGAAACGAUAGUGCAACGCCUUCAUCACCUCUUCUGCCCAUAGAGGGUCGACGGCAAAGUAACUCGACUCGCAACACUAGGUCCUUGGAUGGUGACGAAGAGUCGCUGCGCUACCCUGAACCCCAGGAGCAGACUAGAAACCUCCCUCCUCCUCCAUCAUUCCGUCAAUUUUUAUCAAACCGUCCUUCAAUCUCCCAACGACCCGGUUUCGGUGGUGCGUCGGCGGCAGCCGCUGCUGCCAGUGGUGGCAUGGCUAGCCGAUUCAGCUGGACAAACUCCCAAGCCCCUCAAACUCCGCACGACCCUACUCGCGACACUGCCACCCAGCCCCUUGGCCGUGAUAGCUUCAUGACGACGCGAUCCUCCGUUCCUCGUUUCCGCACUGUCGACUCUUGGGUGAACCAGCAGUCCAACCGCGUCGAGGAACAACGUCUCAAGCAGCAAUUCCGCAUGACGCAGUCCACCACAUACUCUGAAGAUGAGGUUCCCGAGAUGCCGGCCCUACCAUCCUCCGUUCCCAAGAACGCAAGUGGCAUAACCAGGCAACCGAGUGCUGCGGGUCUGAGCCGCAAUGGCAGCAAGAGCGGUCUAGUAGGAAGGGACAUCAAGCACCAGAGACACGACACGCAGACGACGGCCCCCAUCUUCAAGGCACAUCCGGGCACUGAAGUGCGCUUCAGCACACGCAGUGCUGUCCCCUCUGAGAUCUUGGACAGGGGACGAGACAAUGUCGCACUAUGAGCGCCGUUGUGCUUAACCACUUCGUGUCUAACCUGUACAAUCAAGUCAUAUUUCCUUACCAGUACCCCGUCAGCGUCGUCACUUCUCCAGCAUCAGCAUGGUUUCUUGCAUUUCCGAGCGCGGCAGUAGGGGGAACUUGGAGCUUGGGGCAAAACAGGACGGCAAACAAACAGACAAGCAGUUCACCACCGGAACCCAGGAAGGAACCAGUCAACUAUAACAAACUUCUUGUUUCCACUCAACCCUGUUCCAAAGACCGAAGUCUUCUGCGCUAUCUAUCUAUCCUUUUGUACAUUGCAAUCUUUUGUCCUUUAUCAGCUUGAGCUAUCCAAAUAUCCCGUAGAGCCAUCUUCCUCUCGCCAUCU